UUUGGUUUGGGGUUUGGACCACACCUCGAUUUCUCAUUCCCAAUCAGCAACCUAAGCUUCGGCUGAAAAACCCCACUUUCCCUUCCAUACUUGAUACUUGCAACACACUUUCAUUCUUCAACGAGUAGGCUGAAUUCAUUUUUAUUCCUGAAGCAGGUUGAAUUCAAAUUCUUCUUAAAUCAUCUGGGAAAAUAAGUUAUUAAUUUCAGGGGUAAACAAUUUCAUGAAAAAAAUGUCAAGCAGUGUGAAAAACAGUGGAGUUGAAGAAUCAAAACAAUUAGCAGAACAACUGGGUAAAACCCUAAAAGAAGGAGAAAGAUUAGUGGGUCCUACGCGUAGACCUGAUGGUACUCUUCGUAAAGCCAUCAGAAUUCGAGCUGGUUAUGUUCCUCAAGAAGAAGUUGCCAUCUAUCAAUCUAAAGGAACUUUGUUGAGAAAGGAGAUGGAAUCGCAAGUAGGACCACCUGGUUAUGAUCCUGGACCCGGAACGGUGGCAAAACCCAAAAGCAAAUCUGUCAAGAGGAAUGAGAGAAAGAAAGAAAAGAAACAACAGACUGCCAUUGAUAGAGCUAAGAACUUAGAAAACUCAGCAGAUGAAGUUAAGGAGGAAAGAAGCACUAAGGAUCCAAGUCCAGACUCGAAAUCUCUGGAAUCUGUUUCUUCUCAAAUUAGCCAGCUAGCUCUUUCUACAAUUGCAGAUGAUGGCAGAUCUUUGACUUCAGCUGAGGGAUCAGAUACUUCUGCUACGGCAGGUGUAGAUAUUGAAAAAAAGAUCCGUGCUGUGAAAAAGAAGAUUCGGCUAGCAGAAGCUCAACUACAGAAGGUUAGUCCGGAAGAUAUGAAGCCGGAGCAGCUUGAGAAGGUUAAAAAGUUAGAAGGUUGGCAUGAAGAGCUGAAGCUUUUGGAGAAUGGAAAUACGGCAGGCUUAUCAGCAUCAUAACCCUCAUUGAUCUUAGCCGAUUUUUAGGUCCACAUAAUUUAGGGGUUUGUUUGUCACCGGAAUGUGGUGGAGUGUUGCGUUAUUCGUGCUCCAAUGUUAAGAGUUGGACUUCGUGUACGAUUUCUGUGUUUUGUGGCAUUGUAACUUGUGUUUUAGCACUGCUAUGAAAAUUGUCUUAUUUUUUUCUCCAA